ACGCACCAACACAACAUAACCUCAAUUUAAUUUUUCACAGACCACAGACGACAAAUUGGGAUUGAGUCUAGGUAAAAUUUGAAAUAAUGGGAAAAUAGAAUUUCCAUUAAAUAUGGUUUUCGGAAAUUGAUCCACUUAUAAUUAAGACAGUGAACGUUUCAAAGUAGCAAAAAACUAUUAUUGUUUUACUGUACUGAUCUAUUCUAUUAUGGAUUUAACCAUAUUGUUAGCAAUAGCCUCUGGCUUUAUACUUAUUGUGUUAUUUGCUAUACUAUUCAAACAUAGAAAAGGUGGCGCACCACAGCCAGAGGCAAGACCGCAACCUGCGGGCGGACCUAGGAGAGCUGUCGGUGCUCGCAACACCAGGGCUCGUUUGAGAGCAGCAGUUGGCCGAGAAGAAGAAGAAGAUGAAGAAGAAGCAGCUGGACCAGCAAGAUCUGCUGAAGAUUUAGAAGCAGAUGGAAAAAUCGGCGCCAAAAAACGGGCUAAAUUAGAAGCCAAAGCUGAACGGAAAGUUAUGAGAGAGGCUUUAGAGAAAGAACGAGAAGAAAAAAAGAAACGUCAAGAAAGACAAGAUGAAGAGCGUCGUCAGGCUGAUGAAAAAGAAAAGGCUGAAGAGGAAAAGCGUCUAAAGGAAGAAGAGAGAAUACGCGAAGAAAAGAUACGCAAAGAACAUGAGGAGUACUUGAAAAUGAAGGCUGCUUUUGUUGUAGAAGAAGAAGGGUUUGAUGAAACAUUGGAAGAUAACGAAGGAAAUCUACUCAAAGAAUUCGUCAAGUACAUAAAAGAGAAUAAAGUUGUCGUGUUAGAGGAUUUGGCAGCACACUUCAAAAUGAAAACACAGACCGUAAUUGAUAGGAUAAAUGAUUUUCUGGCCGAAGGCAUUCUUACUGGUGUUACAGACGACCGAGGAAAGUUUAUUUACAUAUCACAAGAAGAGCUUGAAAAAGUUGCCAAGUUUGUUAAACAGAGAGGUCGAGUGUCAAUAGUAGAACUGGUCGAGAAUAGCAACAACCUAAUUGAUCUCACUCCUCGAAUAAGUGUUUCUACGUGAAUUACAAUUAAUAGCUACAGUGUCAUUUACAUAUUCAGCUUUUAAAUGACUUUUUAAAACAUAUCUUUCAACUUGGAAAACAAAUAAACUACUUCAUAAACUUGUUAAUAAACUACUUAUUCACUGGCUUUUCGUGUAGAAGCGGAGGUUAUAAGAUAUUGGUUGUUUUCUAUUCUUUUUUAUUACAUUUAAUUCAAUAACCUAAAUCUACAAGGUUACUAGAAUACGUUUCUACCGUUUAGUUGCAAUUUGGUGUACAGAACUUACUUGUUUUCUCCAAAGGAUGUCAUCUCAAACUGAACUUUACAUGAAUGUAUUGAGCAGUCAAAGCUUUAAGCUUCGAAGCAGUAGAAUAACUUUUAGUUAUUAAACUCAUUCUUUGGCAAUAUCAGUUGCAUUGCUUUAUAAAAUACUUUGACAAAACAAAAUACGAAUAUAUUUGAUACAUGAGUA